AAUUCAAUAAUAGAAAUUCUAGCGGACGUGAGGGGAGAUUGAAUUCGAGUUUAUGGCGCCUGCGGAGGGGCAUUGAAUUCCAGGCUGGGCUGCCCUCUUUAUCGGCUCACGUUUUCCGCUUUCUCGACGGCUCGGCGCCUUCCCUUCCACACAGCCGGAGAGAGAGAGAGACGACGCCUCUGAAGGCCUACCAGCGGCGGGCGACGGAACGACUGAAGACGGCACGAUAUCGCCAAGGGCGACGCAUACGUCUGAUCCGACGAGCUCUUCUCGCCCUCUAGGGCAUCCGAAACCUCUCCCCCUCUCUCUCAGAGAUCUGGUUUUGCUCCACAACACAGGAAGAAACCCUAGAAAAUUCUCGUGGAUGCCGGUUUCUUGACGGGAUUUGGAUCUCUGAACCCAGCAAAACCGAGAAAUUUAAGCAGGUAGCUCCGAGGAAGGCCUUCUACGGAUUGGUGUCUGUAGUUAUUUUCUCGUGGUUUUUGGGGCAUUGAUGCCCUUUGUUGGUGGGAUAUUUGAUGCCUCCGGAACCAGUGCCUUGGGAUCGCAAGGACUUCGUGUUGAAGGAGAGGAAGCACGAGAGAGGGCCUGGCUCCGAGGCCUUAAGCACCGGUUCCUCGUUCUCGGCACCGCGGUGGAGGGAGCCCUGCCACGGGCCCCGUGAUUUUCCCCGCGCUUCCCCUCGUCGGCCUCCAUCAGGUCACUACCGGCAGGGAGGUAGUUACCAUCAGAUUUACCCCGAGGAGUCGGGCGGCCAUGGGUGCACCCCUUCCCGGUCAGAUAGAUUUUGGUUGGAAGAUGAGAGCUUUAGGCCUUCUUCCGGAAGAUAUGGCGGCGGCGGCGGCGGUCGAAGCAGCAGUGGAGGCAGCAGGGAGAGCCGGGGAUCUUUCCGGCGGUUCCCUUAUUGGGACUCUGUCGACUUCUCACGGCAGCAGCAUCACGACCCCCAUAUGACCGCUCAGAGGUCAGUCGCAGUUCCGAUCCCCCCCGCAUCUCAACCCCCCUUGAAAGAUCCAAAUGAUAAGACCGGUGGUGAUGUGGAUGAUGGCUCGGGCACAGGCCACAGAUUCGAUCAGGACCAUUCGUUGGGUUCGAUCUCGUGGAAACCCCUCAAGUGGAGCCGUCCCGGCAGCGUUUCCUCCACGAAGGCUGGCAGAUCUGAGUCGGAGGAGACCGGGCUCGAGGUGUUGCUGCCUCCUGGAAAAGAGAGUCCGAUCAGAUCUCCGGUGACGUCUCCUGCACCCUCUGAUGAGGGUGCUCCUAGGAAGAAGCCGCGUCUUGGGUGGGGCCAGGGGCUAGCGAAGUAUGAGAAGCAGAAGGUGGAAGGGUCUCUGGAUCCCUCUGGGACUGCUGCCAAGGUGGCUGUCAAUGACACAAGCCCGAAAGUUGUUGGUCUUGCUGGAUGCCCUUCUCCCGCAACUCCCGGAUCAUUCACUUGCAGUUCGUCACCAGCAGGCAUAGAGGAGAAGCCUUGCAUCAAGGCAGUGAAUGGUGAGAAUGAUACAAGUUAUUUCUGUGAUUCACUUGAGGAAUUCUCUACUAGGUUGGGUUACAUGGAGGGCAAUCCUAUUAAUGCCCUAAAUACUCUGCUUGCUGAUUUAUUGCAAACUGAGGAUGCCAGUUCGGGGGAUUCCACUUACUCUGCUAUGAAUAAGUUGCUGCUGUUAAAAUCAGGUAUUUCUAAGGAAUUGGAAAAAACUGCAUGUGAACUCGAUUUGUUCGAAAACGAACUCAAGUCCAUGGAUAGUGAUGCUGAAAAUGAUCCUUGUCGAAGUUCUUUUGUAAUUCCUCCUAAUAGUGCCCCAGAACCUUGCAUAGAGUCAUCUGAUGUUGCAUCAAAAGAUUCUAAUCCUUCCAAGGAUCACGAGUUCUCUUCUUCUGCAUGUACAGGGAAUACUACCCUAUAUACCAAUUCCUUAAAUGAGCAUAAUACUGAAAUUAAAGAUGGGGAUGUGGAUAACCCACAAGCAGCUUCUUCUAGAUUUAAUGAUUCAGCAUUCUCCAGUAUGGGAAUUUAUGAUCACGACGAUGAAAAAUUGGCUGGACGCUUUGAGAUUUUUGAGGACAGGUUCAAGAUCCCAGAAGUCCAACAUUUUAUAUUGUCUGAUGUGGAAAGACCUGCACUUAUAUGUGAUCAUGGAGAUGGGAAUUGUGUAGAGGCAGGAAGAAGUAGUGAGAAUGGUAACUCUGAAGCAAGUUUACAUGGCAAGACAGACUGUAAUUUAAUAACUUUAAUUAUGUCUACUAAUUGGGAUGCUGCAAAAAGAGCUUCACAAGUGUUUCAUAAGGCAUUGCCGACUGAUCCACCUCAGUUUGAUAUUUGGGAAUCGGUUAAACUUUUGUCACAGAGGAAAAAUGAUCUCAGAAUCAAAGAAAAGCUUGCUAUUCACAAGUACUUGCUGAAAUUCAAAGAGCAAGUUCUUGCUCUUAAGUUCAGGGCACUCCACCAUUUGUGGAAGGAGGAUCUACGAUUGCUUUCGAUACGAAAGCAUCGUACAAAGUCAAGCAAGCGUUUUGAAUUAAGUAGCCGAGCAUCACAAGGUGGUUCUCAAAAGCAACGUUGUUCUUUCCGGUCAAGGUUUGCACUGCCUGGUAAUUUAACUCUAGUUCCUACCACAGAAAUAUUAGAGUUUUCAAGCAAGCUGCUGUCGGAUUCCCAAAUCAAGCUUUACAGGAAUAAUUUGAACAUGCCAGCCCUAAUUUUGGAUGAGGAGAGGAAGCAGACAAAGUUUAUCACACAUAAUGGACUGAUAGAAGAUCCAGUCUUCUUUGAGAAGGAACGAGCAAUGAUAAACCCAUGGACACAAGAAGAAAAGGAAAUCUUCAUGGAGAUGCUUGCCACAUUUGGUAAAGAUUUUACAAAGAUUUCUUGUUCUCUUAACCACAAAACAAUAGCAGACUGCAUUGAGUUUUAUUACAAGAACCAUAAGUCUGAAAGUUUCAAAGAAGUAAAGAAACGGUUGGAUCUUAAAAAGCAGCGACAGUGCAUGCCUACCAGCAGUUAUCUUGUAACAUCAGGAAAGAAGUGGAAUCGUGGGAUAAAUGCUGCUUCACUAGAUAUGCUGGGGGUAGCAUCGGUGGUAGCAGCAUACAGCAGUGGUAAUGCAAAGAGCCAACAAAGGUAUGCUGGAAGAUCUAUUCAUGGAACCUAUAAUGGCCUGAAAGUGUCUUGUGGGAAUUAUAGGUCAUUGGAAAGGGUAAGCAGUGUUGAAAUACCAGGGCAUGAGAGAGAAACUGUAGCUGCUGAUGUUUUAGCGGGCAUGUGUGGCGCUCUAUCCUCUGAAGGAAUGAGCUCUUGUGUUACUAGUUCUAUUGACCCUGUUGAGAAGAUGAACUACAUGGCGGUGGAGCGACCCUUGACACCAGAUGUUGUACAGAAUUUAGAUGAGGACACUUGUUCAAAUGAAGGCUGUGGCGACUUGGACUCGUUUGAUUGGACUGAUGAGGAGAAGUCUGUGUUUAUCCGAGCUUUGAGCAUGUAUGGCAAAGAUUUUGCAAGGAUCUCACGGUGUGUAGGGACAAGAUCAAGGGGACAAUGCAAGAUCUUCUUUAGUAAAGCUAGAAAAUGCCUUGGCCUAGAUGUGAUCCAUCAAGGAAUUAGCAAUGGGGGAAUGCCAUUGGGUGAUGCAAAUGGAGGAAGAGGUGAUACUGAUGAUGCUUGUGCUGCUGAGAUGGAUUCAGCAAUUUGCAGUACUCAGUCUUGUUCCAAAAUGGAUGCAGAUGUGUCCCAGUCUGUGGCCAAGAUUAACAUUGAAGGGUGUGUUCAUGCCGCAAUGGCUCCCCUGCAGGCUGAAACUGAUAGAUCAAGUGAGCAGGGUGUUGUGGGAGGAAUAAUUCUGGAGGGAGAGGAUGGGAAGGUUGAUAAGCAUGUGUCUGUUCUUCCUGAGAAUAAGCUGGUAAGUGGAGGGCACAAUCCUCAGUCUGUUAUAACUUUGAAGAAAAAUGCUGAUGCUGCAUUAAGAUCUAAUGAAUCUGUACAGCUUCAUGAAGCUGUAGAGUGUGUUGAUGCAGAAAUGAAGGUUGGGGGAAGUAUUGUCUCUCCAGUUGAACCUGUCUUUACAGCAUGUGUGGAAGUUGAGUCCAAAUCUCACAUUGAUGAUGUGGUCCAGCAAAAAGAUAAUGAUGGAAAAUAUUCUGUUGAUGUGUUGAAAAAGGAAGUAGAUGUGCCUUUACUAAUGCCUGAGACUGGGUCACGUAAUAAACAGCAGAUGGAUGCAGACUUAACCAACGGUGGCAAAAUUUUCUCUGCAAGCAAUUCUAAGGCAGAUGUAAAUUCUUUGCUUCCAGGAAAGAAAGUUGUUGAUUGUCCCAGGUCCACAUUUUCCCCUGACUACCGGCAUCAGAUACCGCUGGAUCUGCUUCAGUGUCUACAGAAGAAACCUCAGGGCAUCUCCUUGAAGCAGGAGAAUCCCCAUUCUGCACCGUUGAACUCAGUGUUGCCUGAUCCAUCUUCUGUUUGUUUUGAGGGCCCCCAUCAUGUUGCCUCCCAGGCUAAUUUGAAUUUUGAGGAGCAUGAGAACAAGCAGCAUCAUAAUCCAGUAGUCAGAGAUCUUUACCAGCAGUAUAUGAUGAGAAAUCCAUCACUGAAUCAAGUUGACAAGCCGUUGCAAAUUCUCAAUGGUUAUCCGUUGCAGGUAAUAAAUCAGGAGGUGAAGAGAGAAGCAGAUCCUCUAAUCGGUGAAAAACCAGUUUUAAUGGAAAGCCAUCCCAAGAAAAAUGGGGUUUCCCAAUCAAAUCAGUUCUUUAUUUCAGAGGUGCGUGGCGACCAUUGCAACCAUUCCAGCCUUUCACAUCCGAGGCCAGGGGUACUGUUUCCCCUGAGUGAGGCCCAACCAGAAGCUCAGUUAAGACAUUGCUCCCAGAAUGCUUGCUCUGAGCCUGAGGAGCAGAUGCACCGAACUAGUGAUGUCAAACUUUUUGGGCAAAUUAUCUGUCAUCCAUCAUCCUCACAAAAAUCAGAUUCUUCCCCGCAUGAAUGCAAUAGCAAGCCCUCCGCACCGAGAAUUAAUAGGUCUUCAACUUGGAAGCCAUCUGAUGCUGUAAAAGCUGGCAUGCCUUUUGCGUCCACAUCUGGAAAUAGUGGCCAUGUGGGGCUGGAGGAGUUGCCUGCAAGAAGUUAUGGCUUCUGCGAUGGGAAUAUAGUACAGACUGGAUUCUCAUCCUUGCCAGAAUCUGCUGUCAUGCUGGCGAAGUAUCAUGGAUCACUGGCUGGAAUGUCAUUUUACUCUGCUAAAGAUGGUGUUCCUUGCAGCAACGGGAUUUUAGCUCAGCAGUCUUACAUGCAGCACUUGGCAUCAGAUGGAAAGCGGCUUGAGAGCUUCUGUGAGCUGCAGAAGAGGAACGGGAUUGAAAUGGUUUCAGGGUUCCAGCAGCAAGGGAGGGUUGCAAGGUUAGGAACAAACAUGGUGGGGGGAGGCAUACUUAGCAGUGGAGGGGUGUCAGACCCUGUGGCGGCCUUAAAAAUGCAUUAUGCUGCAAGGGCCAAGGUCCUUAGCAGUGAAAUGGAGUCAUGGAGGGGGGAUAUAGGAGGGAGAUAGCGGAGACUUGUUUGGAUAGGAAAGGGUGGUUGGUGAUUGCUGGCGGUAGAAAAGGUUGGUCGGGUAGAUGUUGGGAUAGAGGCGUGGUUUUGACGCCCUACUGUAUCAUAUUUAGCUUUUGUAACUUGAAUGAAAUCAAACAGGAGGGGGAGUGAAUGGCUUUCCUGUCCAUAUUGUUUGGUCUUUGAAAUAGUUGCUUUCUAGUUUUCUUUCGUCUUCCCUCUGGGUGCCCAAGAUUUUAAAUCAGAUGGGCCUUUACUAUUUUCCAUUAUUUCUUCUCAUCUCAGUAUACACGACCAAUUGAUUCAUACCUGUUGUAUUGCGGAUUUUGCAGCUUUCCUUACAUUUAACUAUGUUAAGAGAA